CUCGGAGUCCAGUAAAUGUGUGUUUAUCCCCUAAGGAUUGUGGUUAAGAUUGCAGAAGUUCUCUAAGCCACUGCAAUGUUUUCCGUCCUGCCUAGCAUUCCCUCACUGCCUUUCUUCACCUUUCUUGCACGAAAAGAGAUCUGGGGUGACAGGAAAUGUGGCUGUUCAUCUGACAUCGCAUGGCGUCUUCUUUAUUUGCCCUUCAUGUCUGCCACAGCCUCUGAUGCUGGAACAGCUGAGUUACAUUUUGUGAAUGUUUUUAUUUCACUGAAGACACACGUGAUGGCAGUAGGCUUCUGAUGAUUUAAAGGUUUGAUGGGUGCAGCUGUCUGGUAGCUCUUUGUCUUCCACAAUCUUUUGCCUAGAAAAAGGAAUUCUAAUGUGUUUUAAUCAUGCUGACCAGCAAGGGUCAGGGAUUCCUUCACUUGGGUUUGUGUCUCUGGUUGUGUAUAUUCAUACCUUCCUUCAAAGGCUGUGCAGGAUGUGCAUCUGAGGAGAGACUCUUCCACAAACUGUUUUCUCGUUAUAACCGGUUCAUCCGGCCCGUGGAAAACGUUUCCGAUCCUGUCACCGUGUAUUUUGAAGUGGCCAUCACACAGCUGGCCAACGUGGAUGAAGUAAACCAGAUCAUGGAAACCAAUUUGUGGCUACGUCACAUCUGGAAUGAUUAUAAAUUGCGCUGGGAUCCAAUGGAAUAUGAUGGCAUUGAGACUAUUCGUGUUCCAUCGGAUAAGAUUUGGAAGCCUGACAUUGUUCUCUAUAACAAUGCUGUUGGUGAUUUCCAAAUCGAAGGCAAGACAAAAGCCCUUCUUAAAUACGACGGCAUGAUCACCUGGACCCCACCGGCUAUUUUUAAGAGUUCCUGUCCUAUGGAUAUCACCUUCUUCCCUUUUGAUCAUCAAAAUUGUUCCCUGAAGUUUGGUUCCUGGACAUACGAUAAAGCUGAAAUUGAUCUUCUAAUCGUUGGCUCUAAAGUAGACAUGAAUGACUUUUGGGAAAACAGUGAAUGGGAAAUUGUUGAUGCCUCUGGCUACAAGCAUGACAUAAAAUACAACUGUUGCGAAGAGAUAUACACAGACAUAACCUAUUCCUUCUACAUUCGGAGACUGCCAAUGUUUUACACCAUUAAUCUGAUCAUCCCCUGUCUCUUUAUUUCAUUUCUGACCGUGUUGGUCUUUUACCUUCCUUCAGACUGUGGUGAAAAAGUGACACUUUGCAUCUCAGUUCUGCUUUCCCUGACUGUGUUUUUGCUGGUCAUUACAGAAACCAUCCCAUCCACCUCUCUUGUGAUCCCUCUGGUGGGUGAGUAUCUGCUGUUCACCAUGAUCUUUGUCACACUAUCCAUUGUGGUGACCGUGUUUGUGUUAAACAUACACUAUCGCACCCCUACAACACACACCAUGCCCAAAUGGGUGAAGACAGUUUUCCUCCAGCUGUUUCCACAGAUCUUAAUGAUGAGGCGGCCUCUGGACAAGAUGAAGGAAAAAAGUUCCAAGCAAAAUCCCGAAGGUCUUUCAGGUAAGCCUGUCAAGGUCAGGUUUGCUAAUCACAGAGAACCUAAACUUCUGAAGGAAUGCUGCCACUGUCAUAAGUCAAGUGGGGCAGCCACCAGCAAGAGAAGAUUAAGCCAUCAGCCUUCACAAUGGGCAACAGAGAAUUUGGAGCACUCUCCUGAAGUUGAAGAUGUGAUUGAUAGUGUGCAAUUCAUAGCAGAAAAUAUGAAGAGCCACAAUGAAACAAAGGAGGUAGAAGAUGACUGGAAAUAUGUGGCCAUGGUGGUAGACAGAAUAUUUCUUUGGAUAUUUAUAAUUGUCUGUGUGUUUGGAACCGCGGGACUAUUUCUACAGCCGCUAUUUGUGAACACAGGAAAAUCUUAACAUGUCUUUUUCUCUUAGAAACUCACAGACUCUAUAUUUGUUCUGUAUUCCUUACCACAGGAAAGGCCAAGUCCCCCAUCUAUUGAAACUGAAGACUACCUGGAAAAAAGAGGAGUAUAUUGCAAAUUUAGGGGUUGAAAUGUAGCACAGGGGAGUACAUUAAGAUAUUUUAUUACACACUAAAGCUCACAACUGGCAAUACCCAUAAACUAACAGUGUCAGGUCAGCUUCUCUUGUCUAUACACAUUGGUUUUCCAGGGACAUGAAUGACAUGUGGUCAAACCUUGUAGUAAACAAAGCCACACUGAAAAGAGAUUCUGUUGUAUCUCCGCAGUUUAUCCUGUUGAUUAGUGUAAUGACACAUGAGAUGUGAAAUGCUGAUCCUUUGACCUUGUUGACAUUUGCAACACUUGUGAACUCUCACAUCCUUGCUUUCUUGUGCAUGUCCAUGUAAUAUAGUUCACACGCUUCAGCAUUAUUUGACACACAAAUUGGUUAAAGGCAAUAGAUAAGAGUUUAUCUUAGCAGACUCUGUUUAAUUAACAUUUGGUUUAGUAAGCUUUCUGUUAUGUGACAAAGUACCUGAGAUAAUCAGCUUAAAUGGAGGAAAAAUUUGUUUUGGCCCGUGGUUUCAGAGGUUUUAGUACAUGGUCACCUGGCCCUGUUGCCUCUGGGCCUAUGAGACACUACAUCAUGGUGGAAGCAUCUUGUGGAGGAGGCCUGCUUACCUCAUGGAAUCUGCAAAGCAAAGAGAAAGAGAAGGGCUGAGGUUCCCAAAUCUUCUUCAGGGGUAUGCCCCCAGUGACGUAACUUUCUCCCUCUGGGCCCCACCACCUAAAAUUCCAUAAUCUCCAAAUAAUGCUGAGGACCAAGUCUUUAACAUGAGCCUUUGAAGGACAUACCAGAUCCAAGCCAUAGCAGUGAUGACCUGUUCAACUUUGAGAUAGGCAUUGCCAGGGUCAAAAAAAAAAAAAGAGGCUCCUUUCCCCCAAGACCUUACAGCUAUUUCAGAAAAGUCAGAUAUACAAAGCUCUGCAGGAUCAGAUAUUGGCGAAUAUCACCAGAGCAAUCAAAACAGGGGGACCGGAUGUGGUUGACUGGAAAAACCUGGAACAACUCCUGUUGCGUGUCAAAUAAAAAUGGUGUUUUUCUAGUCUUUUCUCAUCAACACUUUCCAUUUGUCCAUUGUGCAGAGGUUGAAAAUAAAGUUAUUUCUUCUGUAAGAAAUUAUAAUCUUAUACUUUUUGGAGCAAUUACUUUUCUUACAGGCAGAACCUUGCAAAUUCUGUUUUAUUCCACUUGAAUUAUUUCUUGUAUAAAUAUUAUCAUAGCAAUUUUAAAGAUCUGUUUUAAAGCAGAAAAUAAUACAUCUACUCUCACAGAGGAACGAAUGCCAUUUGGCUUUUUCCCUUCUAUUCUUUGUCCAUAUGCGUAGAUGAUUCUAUAUUUCAAUUUUACCUUUCAAUGUCACUUCCUCAAAUAAUAUUACCAACAUGUCAUUCAUGAUAUUACACAUUCUUGAAGUAUCAUUUUUGUGACAGCAUACUCUCUGUUGGGUUGAUACCCAACAGAUUCUAAAAGUAGAAUGAUUUUACUACAACUCUGUGAAUUCUUCCUUGUCUGUUUUCUAUUAGAGGUACCAUGUAGUAUGCCAGGCAGAGGUUUUGAAUCGGAAUUAUUCUAUUUUAAAUUAUUUUUACUCCCUCCAUCUGUGCGCUUAUACCUAUAUUUUGUCUUCCUACAGUCAAAAGAAUAAAUUACAACCAUUUCAGUUUAAAUAUUUAAAUAUCUUAAUUGGUUUUUGUUUGAAUUUCUAGAAUCAGGUAACGCCUCAUUUCACAAAAUAGAAUAGAAUAGAAUUAAUUAGCCAAGCAGAGGAGGCUAAUUUUAUAGAUAGAAAAAGACUGAGGAAGUCAGAGAAGGAAAAAAAAACAGAUUGAUCAUUUCAAAGUUAUUUUUCUUGUAAA